CGGCAAGGUCCGCACCCCGGCCAAGCUUACGUUCGUCACCGGAAGCGUGGCGGCGUCGCCUUCAGGUGUCGCGAAAGGGGAGGAGAGGACUCUCAAGGCUCGGUUAACAGCGAGAUGAAUAGCCCAAGGACAGAACACUGGGGGAGAUUGACCAGUACCUUCCACAGGUGACUGCGCAUGACCAAAGCCCCAGGAUGUUUGUUCUGUUUCUACUGUGCAUAGUCUUUCUGGUCUGCACGAGUAAGGGUGAAUUUCAUGAACAUCUGACAGAACCUGCAAUGAUGUGUUAUGAAUGUAAAAAAUAUCAUCUUGGGAUAUGCUACAAAGCCAUGAGGUCCUGCACCCUGAAGUACCAACAGACCUGUGCUGUUGAAAACGUUUACAUACUUACAAGGAAAGGGCAGAGUAUGUAUUUUUAUUCAAAACUGUCGUGUAAGACCAACUGUGAGGACAUCAACUUCUUAAGUUUUGAAAAGAGGACAGAACUCAUCUGUUGCAAACAUAAAAACUACUGCAACCUUCCUGAGGGAGUCUAG